UCUACCCUCACGCCAUCGGCAGCCAAGAAUCAUCAAAAAUUCAAUCCCUCUUUCGCAGCAUCACUCACACUGACACUGUUACUUCCAACAUUUCUGGAAAUUCAAUAGAAAAUAUGUACUCAACAGGAAGAACAGUAAGAGGACGAGAAGACUACGUGCAAAUCAACGAGAACUCUUCGGGAACCUACAAUUUCAAUGGCGACCGCCUUAACAAAUCCGGACCCAAUGAUCUGGAUCCGGUUCUCUACAAUGACCUCGUUCAAAUUGUUCCUCUCGUUCAAUCUCUCAUUGACCGGAAUUCUGAUAGAUCCAUCACAAGAAGGGCUUCCAUAAUUUAUACCAAAACUCCUUCUAGAGAUUCCAAAAAGAAUAAUAGGAAUGGAGUUAAGUCUAAGCAUGGAGACAAAGUGCAAGGCAAGCAUAUUAAGUAUGAUGGAGAUGAAAUACCAGAUGACCAUUCAACUGUUUCCUCAGCUAGUAUGGCUGCAGAAAAAGAAGAGUUGAACUUUCUUAGGGAACAACUGGAGGAUCUACACCGGCAAUUAUCUGAAAAAGAUGAACUUUUGAAAGAAGUGGAGGCGGCUAAGAGUAAGAUCAGUGCUAUGCAAUCACAAGUUGAUGAGCUGAAACAAUUUGCUAAUGAGAAGGUUUCUCUUACUAAAUCAAGUGAAUCCCAGCUUAAUGAUGCAAAGAUAAAGUUAGCAGACAAACAAGCUGCCGUCGAGAAGCUACAGUGGGAAGCCAAGACAUCCAAUCAAAAAGUGGAGAGGCUUCAAGCUGAACUGGAUUCUAUGCGUUCACAAAUUUCAUCAAUGAUGCAUAUAUUUGAAGGCUUGUCCCAGGAAUUGGACGAUGCAGUAAUAUUUGUUGAUGACUAUGAUGUCACAUCAUUCUAUACGGAUCAUCUCCCUAAUUUAGUAUGUUUGGAUGAUAUGGAUGACAAUGAGAUGCAAAAAAUGGAGGAAGCCCGAGAAGCGUAUGCUGCUGCAGUAGCUAUGGCUAAAGAAAAGCAAGAUGAGGAUUCACUUCUGGCUGCAGCCAAAGCACGAUUACAUCUUCAGUCGUUUGUUUUUACGACUGAAACCAAUGCUGAAUUUUAAAGUCCAAAGCCGUCAAACCAGAUCUAUUUUAAUACUCCAUGGAGGCAAUCUAGCUUGUGGCCAUCACAUCUUUAUCAUGCAAGGCACACAUGGAGAAAGCUUCAAAAUUGUGCUCCAAAUUGUCUUUUGCAAUCAGAUAAAGCAGCUUCCUAUUGUUUGGCUUUUGAACUAAAUUUUUAAAAUUUCUCUAAAAAAAUGGAAUGAGCAAAAAUUAGCACAAGGCAGUAUUUGUUGUAGGUAUAAAUUGUGCGCUUUGAUUUCUUCAGGAGAUAAUGUCUAAUAGAUUUGUUAGCAAAAAUGUACUUGAAAAUUCAAUUAUUCAUAAUUCCCUGCCAAUUUUCCA